CCGCGUACAAACCCCCCAAAAUUCACACAUCUUCGCAAGACUACGACAACAUACUUGACAGCCUUCCAAGUCUUCUCGCAGGCGACUUAAAUUCGAAACACGUCCCUUGGGGUUGCCGAAAAUCUAACGCCGAAGGACCUAAAGUGCGCAAAUACGCACGAGACUUAAACCUCGAAAUUUUUGCUCCUUCCGAACCCACCCACUUCCACUACAGGACCCCCGACAUACUGGACAUCGCACUAACCAAAGACAUCUCCCACACGAUUAUUUUAACUAACUCCGGUUCUUUCAGCUCAGACCACAAUCCCAUCAGCAUCAACAUAAACGAACAAUACGCCUAUAACCCCCUUGCCCGAAUUCCUCACAUUGACUGGGACGCGCUCUCAUACUAUCUUGGAGAGGCUCAAAGCCGAACAUGGACAGAGCGGCCUUCGGGCUUUGCACAGGACCGCCCGAAAUAG